AGGGUGCCGUCGCCAGAAACACAGAUACCUUCCGACGCCGUGGCCAGUCACAACUCGAACUCGUCUCGAACAGUUUGAUCAUAGGAGUUUAUCUCAGCCUUGGAUUUUCACCUCUUCCUCACAAGGAGACCGUCAUGCGAUGCUCAAACCUGAUGUCCGCAUGGAUUAUUCUACUCCUGAUCAACGUCUCGACGCGGUGUUCUGGGAAGUGUUUCACGUUCAUGGGGUUUAACAGUUGCAUGACGCAGUUCCAGAACGCGGAUGAAGACUUCCCGUUCACGCCAGAAUGGUUCUUCGUGAAUGUCUUCAAGAGGAUCCAGAUGAUCAAGUUUGUGAAGCGCCAUUUCUUCGACGUUAGGCUGGUCGAGAUGACAGUAAAUAUGUAUGCGCCUCUCAAAGAGGCGAAGGAGUUUACGGACCUCGACGAGUUUUGGAAAGCUAUUGCACAGAUUGUCGAGUACAUCGGAAGCGUUCAGGGAGAUCCGGUCGAGCUCCUCUACGACGAGAGAGUGAAUCCAAUAGACCUCUUGAGAAGUUUCCGGGGGCAUGCUGAGGAAAUAACUGGCUUCAUACGGAGUGCCGACGAGGGCGGAGCAUUCUCAGAGGACGUGCAAGCGGAGCUCGAACGUCUCUGCCGGCUACUCCAAGACACCGGGAAGAUCUUGCACCGACUCCCCGAAUUCACUGACACGUCCUACUUCAAGAUGAUUGAGCAGAGUGCCUAUAGAGAUCCGCAAUUUGCCGCUCUAGCUUCUCUGGGAGACUCAAUGCUACCGGGCUCUUCGGAGUAGUGUCACAACAUCGAAUAGGACCUUCUGUAAAAAAGUGUAUAAACUGAGAAGACUU